AUGAUUUCUUUAGUAGCGAAAAUUUUGAACUUAUUCGCUUUAUUAAUUCAAAAAAGUUUACUCUUGGCGUCAUUUGUGGGGAAGUUAAUAGUUGCAAGUGUAGCGGGAGUCUCAAAUGCAGUUUAUAGUAUCUUUGAAUAUGUAAUAUUAUUUUUGGAAAUUGUUUAUGAAGACAAUAUACGAAUAUUUACUGAAGAGAUACCCCACUUCGUCAAUGAUAUUUUGGUAAUAAUUACCAAUCAUUUACAAUCUCUGUAUAAAGGAAUAUUAUUACUUUAUUCAGACUCGACUCUUGGUCUUGGGAUUGUAAUCAGUUCAUUCAAAACUGUGAUAAAUGCUGCAGUGCAUGUACUUUGUAAUGUGAUCAUUUUAAUAAAAGGUGCUUUCGUCUUAUCCGGGAAUACCAUAUGGUUAAUUCUAACCUUUUUACCUAUUCACUUGCCUGAAAUUCUACAAGCAAGUGCCAAAUUUGUUGGAAAUAUUAUUUUCGAUAUUGUGGUGGAUGCAUAUUUAGCUUUGCUGAAAUUCACAAAUUUUUUAACAGACGUGCCUUUGCAAUCAUUAGUAGGAAUUGCAGCAGCUAUAAUACUUGGGCGUCUCUGCAUACAUUUUAGAGUUACUAUAGUGACUUGGCUAACAGAAACAUAUUGGCUAUCUGUGAGAAAAAUAUUAUAUUUGUAUUAUGCAGUGUAUAAUUACAUAAUGGAUUCUGAGGUAAGAGUGAUUACACAUAUGGCAAAUGGACAAGAUAUUUCAGAACAGGAAGUGAAUUUAAUUGCAAAUGAGGUUGAUGAUGGCUCUAACGCUGACACUCUCUGUAUAAUAUGCCAAGAACGGCAAAAGUGUGUUUUGACGUUACCUUGUCGUCAUGUGUGUUUGUGUGCAGAAUGUUGUAGACGCUUAUAUAGAUAUCAAAGAACAUGUCCCAUUUGCAGAACAUUUAUUUAUCAUUCUGUUACUGUUUACUUGUGA